AUGUCCCCUGAAGCAAGUAAAGACGCCAUGCGCACAACCCUCGCAGCUAUGGCCUGCACCGCAGCCGCCAACGCCCUCAUUACGAUUCUCAUUUCCUCCCGGCUCCUCAUCGCCAACCGCUCCCUCUCCAAGGUCCUCCCAGGCCGAAGUGUCCGCGCAUGCAGCCGAGCGGUGACUAUCCUGGUCGAGUCGGCAGUACCCCUCAGCCUCUGCGGGUUGAUCAGCGUCGGUAUUAUAGAGCACGUCCUCUCUGCACCCGGAGUUUCGAUUAAGUAUGUGGCUGCGGGGAGUAUCUUUGACGGGCUAUACUCUUCUUUUGCGGCCCUUUCACCUCAGAUGAUCAUCUUCAGGGUGACGACAGGGCGAUCCUUCAUGCGGCAUGAAGAAACGAAAGUGGACUCGCAGAGGAUGAGGAGUUUACCUUUCUCCCAGCCUCUCGCGUUUAAUCAUGGGACGACUCCCGCUGGACUUGAGAAGGCGAAUUUGAAAGAGGCGGAGUUCAAUGAGGCCAAAGGGACGUCGGCUGUUUGA